GUUUUGAAAGAGACUUAAUUUUCAUUUCAUUAGCCAUUCAGUUGAGUGAAUGCUUUGUGAUGUGACACACAAUCAACUCAUCAUUUGUUAGCUUUUCUUAUACUUUGAGUUCACAUUUGUUUGCAUCGAUUGCAGUGUUUGUUGUGUUGACCACUCUUUCAGUUGAUUUGAUUUGGUUUUGUUGUCAUCACAUCUCAAGACAUGACACUAAUAGAGACGAUCGCAUUGGUGGCCACAAUCAUCACUAUUAUCUCAUUCCUCAGUGGACUAUCCAUUUGUCUGAAUAUCUACCGGAAAGGAUCCACUCAUGAGUUCUCGUCCAUACCAUUCAUAGCCGGAGUCUUGUGUUGCACUCUUUGGUUAAGAUAUGGUUAUAUGCUUUCGGAUGAGACCAUGAUUUUUGUCAAUACCAUCGGCCUAUCACUGCAAGCCUUUUAUCUGAUCUGGUUUUACGCCUUUACCAUCAAACGAAGUCAACUCAACAAACAAAUUGGUUUCUUAUUAUCACUGCUGGUGUUGGCGUAUAUGGUGGUGGAGUCGCGAUCGGAUCCCACGUAUUUGGCCGGACUCUUGGCCUGUAUCUCAUCGCUGGUGUUCUGCGCGGCGCCGUUGGCUUUGGUCCGCGACGUCGUCCAGUCCAAGAGCUCCGAGAAGUUGCCAUUCAUUCUCAUUAUAUCGUCGUUUAUGGUGACUAUUAUGUGGUUUCUGUACGGACUGGUCAUCAAAGAUCAGUUCGUGUCCGUCACUAACGGUAUCGGAGCCCUCAUUAACACCGUUCAGUUGUCUCUGUUUGUCAUUUAUCCAAAUAAAGCCAAAACACAGUAAUUUAAGUAUUUACUGAACAAUGCAUUUGAUUUGCUCAACUAAUGCUAUUUUCUGAGUUUAUAAUAAAAUUCAGUUAUUUUUCUUAUGUUUUCUAUAUUUUUUAGUGCCA